GACGAGGCUUGACGAAUGAGAUCGAUGAACUUGCGAGAGGCUGCAGUAUUGUCUCGCAUUGCUGGGACUUGGACAAGAAAAAGAAGAAAAAGCGGGAGAGUACUUUAGCGCGCAAGGGGCUGUGGGGUAGAGAAUAUAUAAGGUUACCAAGUACUGCCUUGCAGUGACCGCAUGUUAUGCUUCGUCACUCUUCAAGUGAUAUUUUCCAUCUGUUCACCAAAGCACCACUGGUCACUCCUCGUAUUUCUAUCACUGUGAUCGCGCGCGCAGGCAUCAACGUUAACGUUCAGCCCUGUUGCCGUUUGGCAAUCGCAUGUUUCGGCAUAGAUAGAUCAUUGGGAGACCGGCCGGCUCCAGAUGGUUGCCUGUCCCUGGAUGAGUCCGGGAAAUUUAAACACCGCAAGCGUUAGUUCUCCAAACACAACACGGCGCCUCCGACUAGUAGCUACGGUGCUACACAGCUAUGAAACACAGGGUCUCUGGCAUCAGCCACUUGUAAAGCCAUUUGGCCAGGAGGAUCACGACAUCCUUCAAUGCAGUCACUCUCAUGAGACUCGAUCUGCCCAGUGGCAUGAGGACUCUGGCUGUUGGGUCGAAUUUUGCCUCGCAUUCGGCAUCCGCUAUACGUCGCACAGUAGCCUCCGCAUUUCAAGCUACUGCUUCAUGAUUGCACGGCACUUAGCAAACUUGAUUCGAUACUGCCUCGUUUCUGGACAAGAAUUUUACUGGCUAAAUACAUGUUUAAAUUUGCCUGGGUCUCCACUCAACCGGAUGAUCGUACUAAUAAGCUCGUUACAGGGACUCAUACGAGUAGUAGUUUGUAUUGCUACUUUGCAUCAGUGCAGCUUACGUGCUUACGAGUUGUUGUGGUCGAUCUCGUCAGAGGUUCGGACUAGUGGGCGAUCGACAAGAGUUCGAUUGCUGAACGUUCGCUCUACACCCAACGUUCAUUCCAUUCACUGUGCCAAGGCAUCGUUUCACGUUCAUGAGCUGGCUCAGUGACUCUUCGGUGGCGUAUCUCCCGCGAAUCCUGGCACCGAGGCCGUUAUCUCCGCGCGUCCACCGUAAAUGCACGUUCGUUGACUCACGCG